AUGAAUCCGUUUCGGGGAAGACGAAGGGAGUAUGCACGUGAGGAGCACGAUGUGCGCUUCAUGCGAAAAUACUCCCUCAAGGGCUCGCCGCGGGGCCUCCGAUGGCUGGAAGACCGACAAUGGGAUGAUCUGUCCAGCGACUCGGAUGAUGAUUAUGACGAGCGGGGCCGGCACACCCGCCGGUCAACCCGUCCCCCCGGGGCCCCCGGUACUGAGCUCGUUGUGAACCCCAAGGAGCCCAAGCCGGGCGAAUGCAAGUACAAGUGCUGCCCAUGCCACGCAGAGAAGCUGGCAGCCUCCAAGCCGUGCGGCUGCGCAGGUCAGCAAUUUGUGUGCCAUCCGGUGGCCGGGACGGCCUGCUGCCCCAAACCCCCCGAAAAGAAGCCUGAAGAAACGCGCAUCAACAUCGACGUCGAGGACCGGACGGGCGGACCGAUGGCCCAGCGCCAUGGAUCCAUAUUCCCCAUCUCAAUUGCGCCCAAGGCGACCAUCGACGACAUCAUCUCGAUGCUGACGCCGGAUCGGAGUCGCCACAAGGUCAUGGUAAAAUGGGACGAUGGCAUCUGCGAUGAUCUGGAAUCCGUUACCAAGAUGGACGAUAUCAGGUACUAUGUCAGGAAGCUAAUCAUUAAAAAGAGGAAGCAAGUUCGUUACGCUUGA